AUGCGCCCCGAAUUCGUUCGAAUGCAUGGGAACAACUUACCGCUUCACUCCAAUACCCACAUUUCUAUCGAGCAAGUACUUUCUGUAGAGCACCGUGCUUCAACCAGAUCUCAACUCGAGGCACAGCUACUUCAGCAAUCCGCCAUAAGUGCGCAAGAGUGCUUGCACACCGUCAUCAUCCCGGAAUUUGUUGCAGAUCUGGAAAGCGGAACGACACAAGUGAUCGAUAGUAGGUCACUAACGCGAGCGCUGCACGGAGAAGGUAUUAAUGUGCGCUACUUAGCUUCUUGCUACGAGCUGGCAUCACUGAAGCACAUUCGUCGUGCUUUGCUCGCCGAGAUGGUAGCACGAGCUUGCAAGAUUGAGUUCAGAGCAUCACUGCGACUGAUUCUUCCUGAAGUUACAACAUCAAUCUUAAGGCAGGCUAAAGCUACAGGAAACAGCGAAAACGGCGACGCCAACGAUGGAGAUGACAACCGCAGCAUUGAUCCUGCGACAGCCCGAGCACUUGCGAAGAUGGCUCUGCAAGAGCAGGCCUCUCAUGUCACGUUGGAGUUUGUCAAUCUUGUUUUUGGUACCUCAUCUCGUGACUCGAAAACGUUUUGGGAACGGAGGAUUCUACCGCAAGUCUAUGCCAAAUUCGGCAUUUCACAAAAAGCACUGAACUUGGAUACCAUCAUCAGCGAAGACUUGCUUCACAUGCCACAGUUGUUUCAUGCACUUCAAGCCCAGACGGGCGCUUACUUCAGCGACCACAUGAACUACAACUUUAAAGGCGCAGAGCCGAUUGCCCUCCAGAACAUACAAUGCAUCAGUCCUCGCACCACGCUGCUUGCUCGAACAACAGCAGCGUGCGAAAGAGUGCUGGAAAGUGCCGACGCCUUCCUGGCAGCGGGAGAACUCAGUAGCGCACUUUCAAGCAUCAUGUUCCAUAUCUACAUUUUGGAAACAGCUCCAAGUGAUGAACGCAACUUGUCGCUGUGUCACUUGUUAACGUGCGCUGCCAACAUAUCGCUGGCGAUGAACUUGCCCGACCAAGCGAAAAAGCUAGCAACGUUAGCGAUUGAGGAAUCUCCGAGUAAUCACGCGGACCUGACACGAGCUGGCAUCUCGGACCAGUUCAUCCUCUGCUUUGUGACACAUAUAUGA